CUUCCACCCCGACCCGCCCCCGUUCGUACCAGACUACUACCUCCGGAUCCGUUUCCAUCUCGCAGGCGCGCGCGCGGAGGCAAGCCAGUCCGACUGAUGCUCAUGCUCAUCGCCCGCCAGUAGCCAUGGCUGACCCCGAAGACCAACAACAACAAUCGCCGCCAGCCAUCCCGUCAUGGCAGCGCGAUCGGGACUCCGCCGCCGCCGCCGACGCCGAUGCUACGGGCGGCGGCAGUGACAGCCACCACCAGAACCAGGCGCCGUCGACGAACGCCCGGCCCGAUGAGGACCAGUUGCAGGUCGCCCGCCGGUUUCUCGAGGCCGACGAGGUGAAGACGGCGUCGCGUGACACCAAGGCCGAGUUCCUGAAGUCCAAGGGCAUUGGGGAUGGCGACAUCAGGAAGCUCCUCGGCGAGCCGACAUCAUCAGAGGACCGCGACGAGGACAGCGGCGCAUCCCCAGACACCCAGCACACCCAGCAAGAAGCCACCCAAACCCCUUCAUCAUCAUCACUAUUAUUACCCAGCGCCGGCGACCGCCCACCAGUCGUCACCUACCCCGAGUUCCUCACCAAGCCGCAGCGCCCCCCACCCCUCGUCACCACCGGCGGCCUCCUCAACACCCUGUAUGCCUUCGCCGGGCUCUCGACCCUCCUCUACGGCACGAGCAAAUACGUCGUCGCCCCCAUGGUCGAGAGCCUGACCGACGCGCGAACCGACCUCUACGACACCUCGUCUAGGAAGCUCGACGCCCUCGUCGCCAAGCUCGAGAAGACCGUCUCCGUCAUCCCCCCACCCAAGACCCAGGCGGCGGGCGGCGCCGUUUCCGCCGCGGCCGACGACGAUGCCGACGCGAGUGACGCCGAGGACCCCACCGAGAUGUUCCAUCGCGACAUCGGCACGCAGACCACCUCCCUGCCCGCCAACCCCCUCGCCUCGGCCAAAGCCAAGGACGGGCAAGGGGUGGAGGAGCCCCCGUCGGCCCGACAGGCCGAGCGCCUUACCACACUGGCUAAAACGCUGUCCGGCAUCAAGGACCAGUUCCGCACCCAGAGCGAGGACAUGGAUGAGAUACGUACCCUGCUCGACGUUUUCCGCGACGACCUCGAUGGCAUGACGUAUGGUGGUCAGACGCAGUUUGUCGGUGGCUACGACAUGUACGGGACGGCCAAAAAGUCUGAGCCUGAGGACGAGAUACGCAAAGUGAGAGACAAUAUUAGGAGGGUCAAGGGCGUAUUGCUCAGCACGAGGAACUUUCCUGCCUCGACUCGGUGAAAACCACCACUAUAAUUCUGAAAGGGGUCUGUACGCUAAGCAUACGACACGAACAUCAACGUUGGUCCGCAACCCGGGCCCUUUCUGUACAUAGAUGCUGUUCAACUUGACCGACCAAGCGCCC